ACCCUUGCCGUGGGAACUGUCAUCAGGAAAGUGGAGAGCGAAACACACUUGCUUCAUUUAACAUCUGCUCAUUGCAAAACAUAAAUAUAAUACAUUUCUUGCAAAUUAAUUCAAAUUAUAAACCUUUUCCAUUUCCAAUAACGGUACUAAUAAACAAUUACUGGUCGUGCAAAUAUGACUAUAUGAAGGAUGAAACGUUGUGGAUUUAAGUAGAGGAAUUAUAGAGAUCCUGGAUCCUGUUAGUUAAAAAGCCAAAUAAAGUUACAAGUUUAUUUUUGCCCAAGGAAAAUUUAACAAAUUCUCAGAAAUAUAGUCUCUAACUCAGACAAGGCAGGUUAAGCGAUGAUGGAAGAAGACCCAGUAAAAAUUGAAGGGGACGCUAUCGCUGGAGGUUAUGACGAGGUAGAUAUCGAGGAAGGAGUUAAAGUCGAGAAUUCAACAGAGGACGGACAAUUUGACGCAAUUCAAUCAUCCAUGUGGAACCAAUUUCCUACCAACGCCACACAACUGGUCGAAGAUAAACCGAAUAAUCUUCAAUUCACGAUGAGCUUUAAUGAAAAUUCAAAUGACGAAGAAGAUGACCCCGUUGGUCCCGAUCCGCUCGCAGGUGUGGGUUACGUCCCGGUUCCAGUCUCCAAAGGCGCAAGUUCGUCUGCGCCACCAAAAAGUAGUAAAAAAUCGAAAGGUGGUAAGCGUGGAAAAAUUAUUUUCACCCCAUUCGCCACAAUGGUUAACAAAUUCCAGCGAGAAAAGACAAAGUUUGACAAAUAUAAAGGACUUCCACCAAUCCGCUGGUCUACGACUAGGACAAAAUUUACCUGUCUAAGGUGUGGGAAAGUGCUUAAUCAAAAAGAGUCAUAUAUUGCUCACAUGGAAUCACACAAGAUCAAGUUCAAGUGUGAAUGGCCAGGAUGUUCCUCUUACUUUUAUAGUGAGAAUUCUCACCGGGCCCACGUACACUCAAGUCAUACCAAGAGACCAUUUUCUUGUGCGAUGUGCUUCCAAGCGUUCUCGAGUAAAGCGUGGUUGGCAAUACAUGAAGAAUUCAAUCACAACGUUGUCGAUCUCACCACGUAGCCCAAGCAGUGAUCAGUCAUGAAAUACCAAUAUCUAACAAGCGUAGCUUCUUCAGUCAUCCAUGGUGAUCAGUAUCAGAGAAUAUCUAUUUGUUAAUUAUAUACAUACGAUUAUUAUAUAUAUUAUUAUAUACAUAAGGCCUAUUUUCCUGUAGGAAAAUAUGUGGUAAUGAUUGAAAAGUAUUUAUUGUUCCAUGACAAAUUCCAUGAAUCGUGUGUAACAUAAAUCUUAACUACGUACAUGUACAUUAAAUAAUAAAUUAAGUUCCCAGGCAAAAUGUGUA